CUUCCGGCCGCUGAGCCUCCAGGUCCCGCGCUCCCCGCUGCGGGCGCCGCGUCGGCUCCCAGUCCGCGGCCCGGCCCCGGAGCGCAGGAUGCAGUGUCCCGGCGUCCCGCACCUGGCUUCUGCAGAGAGAACCCCUCGGCCAAGAGAGUGGAGACCUCAGCUUUAUCGGAAGUGCACAGAUACGACAUGGCUAUUGCUGUUCUUUCUCUUUUGGACUGGUUUGAUGUUCAUCACGGGCUACUCGGUGGCAGCGGGAGCCACAGGAAGACUUCUCUUUGGUUAUGACAGCUUUGGCAACGUGUGUGGCAAGAAGAACUCCCCAGUGGAAGGGGCCCCUCUUUCAGGACAGGACAUGACCCUAAAAAAACACGUGUUCUUUAUGAAUUCCUGCAACCUGGAAGUCAAGGACGUGAGGCUCAGCUCUGCUGUCCUCUGUGUGUCCAGCUGUCCCGAAGAGCAGCUCGAUACCCUGGAGGAGGUCCAGCUCUUUGCAGACAACAACGGGUCCUUCCUGUGCGUUUAUAGUUUGAAUUCCAUCAACUACACCCGGGAUCCAAACGCAGACUCACUGUGCCCCAGGCUACCAGUUCCUCCAAGCAAGUCUUUCCCCUUGUUCAACCGCUGCGUCCCUCAAACGCCUGAGUGCUAUUCCAUGUUUGCAUCUGUUUUGAUAAAUGAUGUCGACAUCCUCCAUCGAAUUCUAAGUGGAAUAAUGUCAGGAAGAGACAAAAUCCUCGGCCUGUGUCUCUUCGCAUUAGCCUUGUCUCUGGGCAUGACGUUCACCUUCCGAUUCAUCACGACCCUCCUGGUUCACAUUUUCAUCGCAGUGAUUGUUUCUGGACUGUUGUUUGUCUGUGGUGUCUUAUGGUGGCUGUAUUACGACUAUACCCAUGACCUCAGCAUAGAAUUGGACACAGAAAGGGAAAAUAUGAAGUGUUUGCUGGGGUUUGCCAUUCUAUCUACAGUAAUCACGGCAGUUCUGCUCGGCUUGAUUUUUGUCCUCAGAAAGAGAAUAAAAUUAACAGUUGAACUUUUCCAAGUCAUAAAUAAGGCCAUCAGCAACUCUCCUUUCCUGCUGUUCCAACCACUGUGGACAUUUGCCAUCCUCAUUUUCUUCUGGGUCUUCUGGGUGGCUGUGCUGCUGAGCCUGGGAACUGCAGGAGCUGCACGCGUUAUCGAAGGUGGCCAAGUGGAAUAUCAGCCUCUCGUAGGCAUUCGGUACAUGUGGUGGUACCAUUUAAUUGGCCUCAUCUGGACCAGCGAAUUCAUCCUGGCGUGCCAGCAAAUGACGGUAGCUGGGGCACUGGUCACUCGCUACUUCAACAGGAAUAAAAAUGACCCCCCUGAUCGCCCAGUCCUUUGGUCUCUCUCCAUUCUUUUCUGCUACCAUCAAGGAACCGCCAUAAAAGGGUCCUUUCUAAUCACUGCCACGAGGAUUCCGAGAACCAUUCUCAUGUACAUUUCCAGCGGGCUGAAAGGCAAGCAUGGUGCGUGGUCCAGGUGCGUGUCCAGGUGCUGCUUCUGCUGUUUCUGGUGUCUUGACAAGUGCCUGCGCCAGUUCAACCAGAAUGCAUACGCUGCAAGUGCCAUCAACGGGACAGAUUUCUGUACAUCAGCACAAGAUGCGCUUAAACUCUUAUCCAAGAACUCAAGUCAUUUUACAUCUGUUAACUGCUUUGGAGACUUCAUGAUUUUUCUAGGAAAGGUGUUGGUGGUGUGUUUCACUGUUUUUGGAGGACUGAUGGCAUUUAACUACAACCGUGCGCUCCAGGUGUGGGCGAUCCCUCUGCUGCUGGUAGCUUUUUUUGCCUACUUAGUAGCCCAUAGUUUUUUAUCUGUGUUUGAAACUGUGCUGGAUGCACUCUUCCUGUGUUUUGCUGUUGACCUGGAAACAAAUGAUGGAUCGUCAGAAAAGCCCUACUUUAUGGACCAAGAGUUUUUGAGUUUUGUAAAAAGGAUCAACAGAGUAAACGCAGCGAGGGUACAGGGAGCUGAGCGCUCAUUAAGAAACGAGGAGGGAAUGGAACUCCAGCCCGUGGUGUGAUAGGGGCCACUGGUUAGUUGUCCC